UUUAUCAAAUAUGGAUAAACCCUGUUAUUUCAUGCAGUUAAGCAUAUUGUUUGGGGCAAGAACUAUAACUCUAGUAAUGUUAAUUCAAGGGCAAUAACUCCACACUUCCUGGUGUUGGAGCGUGCGCGUUAAGCUCUUCCUUUUAUAUUCAACUGUUCCCUGAGUCGGUCACAAAAAAUCAACUAGAGAAAUAAUCAAGUUUUAUCGUAUUAAUCGGCGAGUUUUAUUACUUUAUACCGGCAUAUUAUUUCAAUAUCAUGCUGAGGGUAAGGAACCAAAGGGCAUCCAAGGCGAGAAGCCCAUACGCAGCCGUGCCAAAUGGAACAAAUACAGUUGCCUCGAGUAGUGUAUUGGCACGAGGUCGUCGCGGAAAUCGUCGAGGAGGUCAAGUGAGACAGCCCGUUGCAAACAUCUCCAAUAUUGAUGCUCCUCCGACACAAGCGACUCCUCCAACACCUGCGGCUCCGACGACACCAGCGACACAGGCGUCAACUGAAGCAGGCCAGGGAAUGUCACGGAGCGGGAUGAUUCCUCACAACAUGCCGCCCAUAGUUAACCCCACCCCUGACGCACCAAGUGCGUUGUCGUCACAUGUUCCCACCAACAUGAAUCAAGUGGUCAAGAUUCCGACAGUUGGCUCCUACAGCAGACAAUUUUCCAUGUCAAAUUCCUGCUCCAAUUUGGGAGAUUAUUCAUCAACUAUAGAUCAACUGUUAGAAGCCAGUAUAUCUGAAAACUCAAAUUCAGUUUGGAUCAUUGGCUCAUCUAUUAUUCAUUGGGCACAGAAAUAUGCAGAGACCACAAAUCAGUUAAACCUUGGAUUAAACCACUUUACCAUUAAUUGGAAUGGUAGAAGGGGAAUGGUUUGGGAGUACUUGUAUACAACUGUGUCAAGUAUGUUAAUAGCUAAUAAACAACCAACUAUUUUGAUAAUUCACUGCGGGGGUAAUAAUAUUGGGGACCCUCAAAAUACCCUAAAAGGUAUACAAAAAUUCAUGAAACUAACUUUAUCUCAAAUAGCAGACCUCUUGCCAAACACUCUCAUUGUAUGGUCACAUAUAUUACCUAGAAGUAAUUGGAGGCAGUCUUUAUCAACCAUUGAAGGUGAAAACUCUAGGCGUAGAAUAAAUAGUGCCAUUGCAACAUUUGUUUUGAAAAAGCUUAAUGGUGCAUCUAUCAAAUAUCCAGAUAUCCAGAUAACUCAAAAGCGAUUAUGUAGAUUAGAUGGUGUGCAUUUGUCAGAUCUGGGUAACAAUAUAUACAUAAAUUCCCUGAAAAAUGCUAUUGUGCAGUUUGUGACAUCUUCCUCUCGCACCUAUCCUUAAAAUAUACUAGCUGAUAUAUCUGUGGCAAGUCAUGGUCCGUUUAAUUAUCUAUCUUAUUAUAUAUCAUAUACAUAUAUCUGAAUCUAGAAUGUCCAAGUAUAGACAUUCUUAUGUAUCAUAUCUACAGGUGUCAUUGUUGUCAAAAUUGCCGCCUGGUAUUGGCGGAUGGUUCACGUGACAGUGUCCGUGAUCCAUUUGGCAUAAUUUUGAUUAGAAUACUGUCUCCGUGGGGCACUGUUUUUUCCAGGCUCCUCGGGUCAAGAGAGUAUUUCUAAUAUUGUAUAUUACAUAUAUAUAUUUGAUAUAUGCUGCCAUAUUGUUUGAACGGCGCAUGUCGAGUUCAAUGUACAUGUAUGAAAUCUAUCUGAUGUACAUGUACUAUAUAUCUGACUGAUAUCUAUCUGAUAUUCAUGUACUUAUCUAAUUUUUGCACAUUUGAUUAAACGGCCAUGACAACUACGCCAAACAAACAAAAGUCUAUUUAGUUUUGUAUAUACAUCAGGGUAAAUAUCUGAGUCAUAAUUGUCUGUUGUUAUGAAAUUGGUAUUAGCUAGAAACAUGAAAAGCAUAUUUAUUUGGGCAAAGGUCAUGAAAUAAUUGGGUUUAUCAAAUAUGGAUAAACCCUGUUAUUUCAUGCAGUUAAGCAUAUUGUUUGGGGCAAGAACUAUAACUCUAGUAAUGUUAAUUCAAGGGCAAUAACUCCACACUUCCUGGUGUUGGAGCGUGCGCGUUAAGCUCUUCCUUUUAUAUUCAACUGUUCCCUGAGUCGGUCACAAAAAAUCCCCUCCCACCCAAACCCAUUAUUUAGAAUUAGGUUGCAUGGUUAUAAUUUAUUAUAAAUUUCCAUUUAAACUACUUGUGAAUAGUUGCAUAGGUAUUGUUUUUGUACAAUUAUAAAUUGUGAAUAGUUUUUUCGGGUUGAGUUUUCUUUUGCAGCGUCAUGGCCAUGAAGAAUAGAAGAAAGAUGUGCUGGAAAGUGAAUAUGGACAAAGAAUGGUUUUGCAGGUCAUCUGUAUUCAAGGACUCGGCAACAAAGUGCAUAAUUUUGAUUAGAAUACUGUCUCCGUGGGGCACUGUUUUUUCCAGGCUCCUCGGGUCAAGAGAGUAUUUCUAAUAUUGUAUAUUACAUAUAUAUAUUUGAUAUAUGCUGCCAUAUUGUUUGAACGGCGCAUGUCGAGUUCAAUGUACAUGUAUGAAAUCUAUCUGAUGUACAUGUACUAUAUAUCUGACUGAUAUCUAUCUGAUAUUCAUGUACUUAUCUAAUUUUUGCACAUUUGAUUAAACGGCCAUGACAACUACGCCAAACAAACAAAAGUCUAUUUAGUUUUGUAUAUACAUCAGGGUAAAUAUCUGAAUCAUAAUUGUCUGUUGUUAUGAAAUUGGUAUUAGCUAGAAACAUGAAAAGCAUAUUUAUUUGGGCAAAGGUCAUGAAA